AUGUGCUUUGCGCUAUUGCUAGAUCGUUUCACGGUUCCCUUCACGGGCACGCUUCCACGUCCAGCAAUUCACCGCAUGACUAUCCUGGAAGAGCGGCAAUUGGCCAUUGAAGCAACUGCAUCUCGCGACAGCUUACUCGCGUGUGUCCAGCAGCUUCCUUUCGACAUUCGCCAAGUCAUCUGGCACAACCUUCCUUUCAAUGUCCGCCAUGUCGUCUGCAAAUUAUACUUCGUCACCAUGCUCGAGAAAAUCUUGUCGAGGUCACUGUCGGAAGAGGAGGCCGCUGAGGUCGAUGAAAAGCUGCAGCAGUGGUCCUGGCAGGAGCGCAAGUGGGGACGCAAGUGGAACUUCAGCAAGAGAGGACUUAUGGGGCGUAUCGAGGAGCUGUGUUGUGGCGUGUGCGAUUUCGACAUCUUUGCAGACCCUAUGGUCGAUGUUCUAGUCAAGUGGCUAGAGCAGCAAAGAGAGCCCACUGCCCGCCUGGACACCGUGGAAGACGCUGCUGAAUUUGUCAUCGAAGCGUGCGAGUAUGAGUAUGGCCCUAAACUCGACAGCACAGAUUUUCGGAUACUGGAACAUGGGCUGAAUAGCAGAAAGGCUGCAGGUGGAUUCAAUUGUCCUAUGGACGUAUGGAAUCUCGUCGUACCCAUUCACGCCAGGUAUAACAAGUAUGGCUUUAAUGAAACAAAGCAUGGAGGUCUCUGGUGGAGAUGCUACGCGAGGCUCUAUGAUGUGGACCAUGAUUAUAUCGAUUUCUGA